AUGGACAAGUUUUAUGGUCCUUGGGGUGAUAAUUUUGUUUAUAAAUGCCCACUUCUAUAUAAGGCAGUAGUAAAUUUACUUGUCGUUAUAGGAUUUGCCAUGCCAAGGAGGGGUAGGCGGACGGGUGUCGCUUACGUCCAUGAUGACAAAGAGCGUGAUGUCACCUUCUUCAAGCGGCGUCGUGGUCUCUUCAAGAGCGCUUCUGACCUCAAUGUCAUCACCGGUGCUAGGGUUGCUGUCAUCCUGGAGACAGGAAAUAAGAAGAUGCACUCAUUCGGGACGCCAUCAGCUGGCCCCAUUGUAGAUGCUUUUUUGUCAGGAGCUCCGCUAGGAAAUCGACUCACUGACAGUGAGACGAGUGCCAAGAUUGCCCGACUACAAAGUGAGGUGGCUCAACUUGAUAUGGAGCACGGGGUGGAGGAUAAGAGAAACCAACUCUCCAUCCAGCAUGCGAAACAGAUCCAAGAACAGUACCCAGGUAUGGUGGCAAACCUUAUCUUCUCGAAGGAACAAGAUAUCAACCUUGAAGAUGCUAAAAAGCUCUUCAAUGAACUCUGUCGUGUCCAUGAGGACACUAGACAUCGGCUUCCUCAGUUGCAUCAUAGCUACAAAGCCAUAACCGGUGGUGUAAGCGUGAUUCAAGACAUGCUACCAUCAAGUGGUCCACUGGCGAAGAGCUUGAAGACCAUCCCUUCAUCAGGUCACUCAAUGCAGGCUUACCAUCUUCCCCAACACCAUAUGCCUUCUGCUCCAAUACCAUCACCACCAGAACACAAUGUGGAACCACUUUUUCCUCAGGUACCACAAAUGUGCCAUGUUGCAUCAGUAGCUUCAGCCUCACAGCUUGCUCUCGGGCUACAAGCCAUACCUAAUCAGGUACAGGAUCUACCUCCAACCGAUUUGCAUGUCGAGGACUAUAUAAGCCCUUGCGACACAGUGCACCCACAACAAAACUAUGCAAGCCCGAUCUCAACAACUGAGCAUAAUAUGGCCUCUCCAAUGUUGGUCUACUCAAGUAGCAAUGAUUUUGUUGUGGAUGACCCAUUUGGCCAUGAUCAAUGGGGUUUUGCUCUUCCAGAACAACAAUCCUACAAUAGAUUUCUAGAAAUGGAUGGUUACUUGGACUAUAAUGGUACCGAUGUAGGACAAUCUACUAUGGGUAAUGGUGGAUGGGUUGAUGCUCCGCCGGAAUCUACUUCUGUCAAGCAAGAUGUUGAUGAUCGUAACAAGUAUGGAGGAUUUCCUUAGAUGCUA